AUGGGGAUUCAUUUUGGGAACCUGGCGCGGGUUCGCCAUGUCAUCACCUACAGCCUUUCCCCCUUCGAGCAACGCGCCUUGCCCAACGUCUUCUCGCACGGGCUCCCCAACGUCUGGCGGCGGGUCAGCUCCCAGG